AUGGACCAGGAGGACAAGAUAGUAUUUUCAAGUAAGGAGGUCAAGGAGUUUCUGGGAAUCAAAUUCAUCACUGAAUCGUGUGUGCUUCUGAGACUCUCCUACCAGGUGAGAUACAAAGCAUUGGUGCUGUUUUAUAACUUUUGCGAGGAAAUAGAUCUUGUAGACCUAUGCACGGCUUCCAUUCUUUUAGCCUCAAAAUUAGAAGAGGAGGUUUGCACUCUGAAGAAGGUGAUAUAUGUCUUCAAUUAUCUUUACACAAAAUAUGAAUCAAAGGCUGCUCCACUAACAAACAGACAAUCCAUAAGGCUCAAAGAAGGAUGUGUAAUUGCCGAGACACGGAUUUUGAAGUCAUUAGGGUUUGAUGUGUCUUUUGAAGAUGUGUAUUGUGACUUUGUUGAAUUCCUCCAGACAAUGGAUCUUCCGAUAGAUUUCAUAGACAAGGCCAUCCAGGUUUUUAACACAAUGAUACAAUGGCCUGAGGUGAAGCUCCUAGACUCCAAAUCCCUGGCCAAAGCUACAAUAGAAUCGUUAUUUGGGCAAAACAAGGAAUUCAAAGACUUUGUCUCAAGAUAUAAUAUGUUCCAAAAGAAAAAGUUCGAUUUACAGACAUACAAAGAAAUCCCUACCAUAAGAAACAUAGACGAAGGACUGGUUGCAGACUUUGCUAAGAGACAGAAGCGAAGAUAA